AUGGGGACGGCCGGAGCGGGAGGGCCAGGGGAGGGGGUAGGCAGAGCUUUGGGAGGAGAUGAGAACAGUGCUAUGCCCAGCAAGGCCACCGAGGAGGACCACAGCCACCAGCGGGGCACCUGGGGCAGCCGGAUCGACUUGAUGAGAAGCGUGGGCUACGCUGUGGGCCUGGGCAGUGUCUGCUGCUUCCCAUACCCCUGCUAG